GUGUUUUGUAACACUACCGUUGCUCGCUUCGCUUCACUGUGUUUAACAAACGGAGCCAAUAAAACCCACUCACCGCCCCACUUCCCAUAGUGCGAUCCGUUUAUUUUCCCUUCCUUGUAUAAAUGUCCCUGCGCUUGCUGAGCGCUAAUAAUAAGCUUACUUUGCCUCUUUCCAAACGGCUCCCUCUCGCGUCUGCGCUGAUCUCUCCCUUUCCUCCACUCCAGAUUUCCUCUUUCGCCAUGUCUUAUCGCCCUAACUACCAAGGCAGCCGUCGAGGAGGCGGUCCCAACUCCGGACGCGGGGGCGGACGUCGAGGCGGCGGCGGCGGCGGCCGCGGUGGUCGUGGCGGUGAGCAGCGCUGGUGGGACCCGGUUUGGCGAGCUGAGCGACUCCGUCAAAAGGCAGCCGAGAUGGAAGUUCUUGAUGAGGUUGAAUGGUGGGAUAAGAUGGAUCAAAUGAAAAAAGGAGGGGAGCAAGAGAUGAUCAUUAAACGAAAUUUCAGCCGUUCCGACCAGCAAGUUCUUUCUGAUAUGGCUUACCAAUUAGGUCUUUACUUCCAUGCAUAUAAUAAAGGGAAGGCUCUUGUGGUUAGUAAAGUUCCAUUGCCAAAUUAUCGGGCAGAUCUUGAUGAACGUCAUGGAUCUACACAGCAAGAGAUUCGCAUGUCUACUGAAACCGAGAGGCGAGUUGGAAAUCUUUUGGAUAGCUCAAGGGACACAAGAUCUGCUGAUGAUUCUGGUGUGGCAUCCAAUAGGGAAGCCACAAAACAAUUACCUGAUGUAAAAAUAACUGAUUCAGUUUCUACUACUGAAGAGGAUUCUGCCAAGGAAAAACUCAGUGCUGAACUCAAUAAAAAGCAGGAAACAUUGAAGGCAAGUAAUAGUGUGAAGGUGAUGCAGUCUUUUAGAGAAAAACUACCUGCAUUCAAAGUGAAAGCUGAGUUUCUGAAAGCUGUUAAUGAAAAUCAGGUUCUAGUGGUUUCAGGAGAAACGGGCUGUGGUAAAACAACACAGCUUCCUCAAUUUAUUUUAGAAGAGGAGAUAUCAUCUUUACGCGGGGCUGAUUGUAACAUAAUAUGUACUCAGCCACGUCGUAUUUCAGCCAUAUCUGUCGCAGCUAGAAUAUCCUCAGAAAGGGGAGAGAGUCUUGGUGAAACAGUUGGUUAUCAGAUUCGCCUAGACUCAAAGUGCUCUGCUCAAACACGACUCUUGUUUUGCACAACUGGAGUGUUACUCAGACAGUUGGUUCAGGACCCAGAUUUAAAUGGUGUGAGCCAUUUGCUAGUGGAUGAAAUUCAUGAAAGAGGCAUGAAUGAGGACUUUCUGUUAAUAAUUUUGCGUGACCUUCUUCCUCGGCGUCCGGACUUGCAUCUUAUCUUGAUGAGCGCAACCAUCAAUGCUGAUUUGUUCUCCAAAUAUUUCGGAAAUGCACCAACUAUUCACAUACUGGGGUUGACUUUUCCAGUGGCAGAGUUAUUUCUAGAGGAUGUGCUGCAGAAAACUCGAUAUAAUAUUAAAUCAGAGUUUGACAACUUUCAAGGCAAUUCACGAAGAAGAAGGAAAGAGCUGGAUUUGAAGAAAGAUGAUUUAACUGUACUGUUUGAGGAUGUCAACAUUGAGUCUCAUUAUAAGAAUUACAGUGCAUCUACGAGACAUUCACUUGAAGCAUGGUCGGGUUCACAGAUUGAUUUGGGUCUGGUGGAGGCCACAAUUGAACAUAUUUGCCGCCAUGAAGGUGAUGGAGCAAUUCUUGUAUUCCUCACAGGCUGGGAUGACAUUUCUAAGCUCCUUGACAAGAUCAAAGUGAACAGUUUUCUUGGGAAUCUUAGCAAGUUUCUGGUUCUUCCUCUACAUGGUUCGAUGCCUGCCAUUAAUCAAUGCGAAAUAUUUGACCACCCUCCCCCUAACAAGCGAAAAAUUGUUCUGGCGACAAAUAUUGCUGAAAGUAGCAUCACCAUAGAUGAUGUUGUGUAUGUUGUAGACUGUGGAAAGGCAAAGGAAACAAGUUAUGAUGCUCUUAACAAGCUGGCAUGUCUGUUACCAUCAUGGAUUUCAAAGGCUUCAGCACAUCAGAGACGGGGUCGUGCUGGCCGUGUGCAACCUGGAGUUUGCUAUAGACUGUAUCCAAAACUAAUCCAUGAUGCAAUGCUUGAGUAUCAAUUACCUGAAAUUCUUCGAACACCUUUGCAAGAGCUAUCCCUUCAUAUCAAAAGGUUGCAACUUGGAACCGUGGGAUCAUUUUUGGCAAAGGCACUUCAGCCGCCAGAUCCUCUUUCUGUUCAAAAUGCGAUUGAGCUUCUUAAAACAAUUGGAGCUUUGAAUGAUGCAGAGGAGCUUACUCCGCUUGCUGCUCUUGCACAUCGUGACCCUUUUGUCCUUCCAAUAAAUAGGAAAGAGGAAGCUGAUGCAGCAAAAAGAUCCUUUGCUGGUGAUUCUUGCAGUGACCAUAUAGCACUUCUUAAAGCUUUUGAAGGAUAUAAAGAUGCAAAACGUAAUGGAAGAGAGAGAGCAUUUUGUUGGGAAAAUUUUUUAUCGCCAGUGACCUUGCAGAUGAUGGAGGAUAUGAGAAAUCAGUUUAUUGACCUGUUAUCAGACAUAGGCUUUGUAGACAAAUCACGGGGUGCUAGUGCUUACAACCGGUACAGCCAUGAUCUGGAGAUGGUAUGUGCCAUCCUUUGUGCUGGGCUUUACCCAAAUGUUGUGCAAUGCAAAAGAAAGGGAAAGCGUACAGCAUUCUAUACUAAAGAAGUUGGAAAAGUUGACAUUCAUCCUGCAUCUGUUAAUGCAGGGGUUCAUCACUUCCCUCUGCCUUACAUGGUUUACAGUGAAAAGGUUAAAACAACCAGCAUAUUUAUCCGAGACUCAACAAACAUAUCUGAUUAUGCUUUGCUUCUGUUUGGUGGUAAUUUUAUUCCUAGCAAAACAGGAGAGGGUAUUGAGAUGCUUGGAGGGUACCUUCAUUUUUCUGCAUCAAAGAGUGUAUUAGACUUGAUACGGAAACUGCGUGGUGAACUUGACAAGCUUUUGAACAGAAAGGUUGAAGAACCAGGAUUUGACAUUCCUGCAGAAGGAAAGGGAGUGGUGUCUGCUGUGGUUGAAUUAUUGCACAGUCAAAAUGUUCGGUACUGAAUUCAUACUUUUUUGUCUUUCUCUAACAUUCUUCAUAGUAGGACGCACUUCUGCUAUUCUUUUUAUGUCAUAAUAUAGCAACAUAUAACUUAUUAGGACUGGUACUGUAAUCUAAUGUAUUCAAUAUUCCUGUACACAUUGUUGAAAGCGUUUUUUAUAGCAAUAUGGAGAAGAAAAAAAGGGGGAAGGGGUGGGGGAAGGAGGACAUGGUCCUAGGUUAUUUUUUACUUAUCCUUCUGUCCGCCUUUCCAAAAUCAGGCGUCUCCUGUUUCAAUGGAAAAUACAGUAAGGCAGCUCUUCCGAUGAUAUCUUCCUGUUGAAUUCUAAUGGUAUACAAUAGUUGGCUAGUUGCCAUUGCAAUUUAUAGUUACCAAGUGGAUAUACGUUUGCCCCCAAACUCCUUUAGCUUUCAAGCUAAGAAAAUCUUUAAUGGACAUUCUGAUGGCUACUUGUGGAUUUAAAAUUCCUGGACACUUUCAGCUCUCACCCUAAAGACAGUUUUUGAUCUACAAUUGGAUUGGAAACUUCUCUUAGCUUUGUUUAACUGUGGAAUGCUCCCAUUAUCUUGCCUAAUUAGAAGGACAAUAUGAACAAAAUGGUCAGUUAGUAUUCAGUAACAGAAGUGUGAACAAAUUUAUACAAGAAAGAAAACAAGUGUAUUAUGUUAUAGUUCAGUUUACUGACGUUAGGGGAGAAUCGACAUUAAGUCUUUAAGGCUUCAAUUUGUAACAGAAGAUGAUCAUCUUCGUCUGAAGUGUCCGUUUGUAACGCGGAAUGAUCGUCCACAUCCUCCGAAGAGUCGAUUUGUGUUUCGGACAAGGGGGCUGGACUGGAGUAGCUGGAUGAACAUGCAUAUAAGUCGGAAGCUUUGAUAAUAUUGCUUCAGGCUGAAAAAGUUUGAUUACUUCUCCUAAAUUUGUCCUUUCCUUGCUAGAAAGACGUGUACACACCAUAAUCCGACCACCAAACAACGCUCCAUUUGAUAGUGAUCAAAAUUUCCUUGCAAUCUGCUAUUGGCUGCAUCAGCAAGGUGAAGCUGGCAGAUCCAAUUAUGAAUUGCACCAGAUUAAUGAGGAUCUGGUUUUCUACCGGACAAAAUUUCCGAGGCAACGAUUCCAAAGCUGUACAUGUCUGCUUCUUCACUGGCAUUGGGUUCCUCCAGAUAUUCUGGUGCUUUGUAGCCAGGUGUUCCUGUACCUUUAGAUGUCUGACUCGUCCUCAAGCUCGUGAGAU